AUGAAAUACUCACAUACGAUACUGCUGGCAGCGCUGGCCAGCGCUUCCCCGACCCCGAAAGAUUGGACCCUGCAAAAAUGGGAUGCCAUUGUUGUUGGUGCCGGCACCUCGGGGAUUAUCGUUGCCGAUAGACUCAGUGAAGCCGGUCUCAACACCUUGCUCCUCGAGCAGGGCGGUCCAUCCUACGGCAUUUCAGGCGGCACUGAACGUCCAGCCUGGCUCAACGGCACAGAGUUGAGCCGCGUCGACGUCCCCGGCCUUUACUCUACCAUCUUCGACAGCCCAAACUCCAGCUUGCUCUGCAAGCCUGACGCCGUCCGCGCGUACCAGGCCUGCACGCUCGGCGGCAACAGCGCCAUCAACGCCGGCCUGUACUUCCAGCCGCCCUCCUCCGACUGGGACGACCACCACCCGCCCGGCUGGCGCAGCGCCGACGUGCGCGCCGCCACCGAGCGGCUCCUGCAGCGGCAGCCGCCCGUCACCAACUACUCGGCCGACGGCCGGACCUACGUCGAGGACAUCCAGGCCGCCGCCCACACCUGGCUCGUCGACGGCGCCGGCUUCGCCGAGGUCGACUUCGGCGCUGAGCCCGACCGGAAGGACCGCGUGUACGGCCGCCCCGUCUACAACUACAUCGACGGGCAGCGCGGCGGGCCGGUCCGGACCUACCUGCAGAGCGCCCUCUCGCGGCCCAACUUCCACCUCGCCACCGGCGUCAGGGUCAAGCACGUCAUCCACGAGAACGGAACAGCGUCGGGCGUGGAGGUCGAGGACGGCUGCGCGAGCAGGUCCGUCGGCCUGGCGCCCGGUGGCCGCGUCGUGCUGAGCGCCGGCGCGCUGCAGUCGCCGCAGCUGCUGAUGCACUCCGGCAUCGGCCCGCGGGAGACGCUGCAGCGGCUCUCGGACGCCUCGUUCGGCGCGUACGCCGCGCCCUCCUCGUGGGUCGUGCAGCCGGCCGUCGGCGAGGGCCUCUUCGACAACCCCAACACCUUUAUCGAGCUGUCCUCCCCCGCGAUUACCUCCUUCGCCUACCGCUACGAGGACCCGGACCCGGCGGGGCGGGACCUCUACCUGGACGCGCGGAGCGGGCGCUACUCGUUCGCGUCGCAGGCGGCCGCGUUCUGGACGUACGUGCCGCAUGAGGACGGCUCGCGCUCCGGCGUCCAGGGCACGAUCAGCUCCGCCGGCUACGCCGACUACACCGGCGCCCACACGGUCACGCUCAACGUGUACGGGACCUCGGGCUUGCUCUCCGCCGGCCGCGUGGAACUGUCCUCGGACGGGCGCUUCGUGGCGGGCGCGAGCGCGGACACGUACUACUCCCACCCCCGGGACGCGCGGGCGGUGGCCGCGUUCGUGCACGACAUAUUUCAAGCGCUGCCGGCGUCGACGCCGGAGAGACCGGCGGCGGAGGGACUGACGCCGCUGAACAUCGCGCGCACCGCGACGGUGGAGGAGAUUGAGCGGUACGUGACGACGGCGUCAGCGUACGCGCGCGGGCAGGUGAACCACUGGUCGAGCUCGUGCCGCAUCGGGGCUUGCGUGGACGCGGAUACGAGGGUGGUAGGCACGGAGAACGUGCACGUGGUGGACGCCUCGAUCAUUUCGCCGAUGACGGUCAAUCCGCAGUUCGCGGUUAUGGUGGCCGGAGAGAAGGGGGCGGAGAGGAUCCUGGCGCUGGCUGGGAAGGGACUGUGA